AUGACAGCUAUUAAGUUCCUUAAGUGCCAGAAGAUGGACUCAGUGGCCUUUGAGGACGUGGCUGUGAACUUCACUCUGGAGGAGUGGGCCUUACUGCAGCCUUCACAGAAGCUCUACAGAGAUGUGAUGAGGGAAACCUUCAGGAACCUGGCCUCCAUAGGCACAUCAGAUAUCACACUAGACACAAAGCGUAUGAAUUUCAAAAAUAUGGAGAGAAGCCUUAUAAGUUCAAAGAAUGUGGUGUGUAAACACUGUGGUAAAGCCUACACAUCUUACAGCUUCUUACUGAGACACAAAAGGAUUCAUGCAGGAGAGAAGCCCUAUGUACGUAAAAUAUGUGGUCAAACCUUCUAUUGCUUUAGUCAUGUUCAAGCACAUGAAAGAACUCACACUGGAGAGAAACCCUGUGAGUGUAAACAAUGUGGCAAAGCCUACAGAGAUCCCAGUUCCUUAAAAACCCACAAAAGAAUUCACACCGGAGAGAAACCCUAUGAAUGUAAAAUCUGUAGCAAAGCAUUCACGUAUCCCAGUUCUCUUCAAAAACAUAAAAGGACACAUACUGGAGAGAAGCCCUAUGAAUGUAAAGUAUGUGGUAAAGCCUUUAGUUCUUCCAGUCAAGUUCAAGUGCAUGGAAGAACUCACACUGGAGAAAAACCCUAUGAAUGUAACACAUGCGGUAAAGCCUUCAGCUCUUCCAGUUAUGUUCAAAUACAUGAAAGAAUUCACACUGAGACACAUACUGGAGAGAAACCCUAUGAAUGCAAACAAUGUGAUAAAGUCUUCAAAUUUUAUAGUUCCUUGCACAUACACAAAAAUACUCACACAGGACAGAAACCUUGUGAAUGCAUGAGGGGGCGGGAUCUCGCAAACUCUCCAAUCAGGGGAGUUGCCGACAACUACGUGAGGGCGGAGCUCUGCGCGGACUGUGGUUUCAUCGCUGCUCUCGCCAUCCGCUGGCCUUUAAAGGCGUCAGGUAGCUUCUCCACGCCCUCUGUCGCUGAGACCUGCACCUCUGCGGGAGGCGGCGUGGGCCACGGGGACCCCUGA